AAAUCAAUUAUGGACCAUUUGGAUUAGUUGAAAGAAAGGGGCCCGAGGAACCUGCCAAGGUCGUUAUUGAUCGGCGGCGUAAAACCGGCGGGAUAUUAUGUGGGUCGAAGUGAUCUGCGGCUUCGCCGUUUUCCGAUUAUUGAAACGAUUCUUCAGCGAAGAGAACGACGUUCGCGAAGAAGAAACAAGUUAUGCCAACGCGCUUUUCUCCGUCGCCCGGCAGCUGGAGAAGAUCUAUGGCGGUAAGGCGUUCGUUGGGCUCCUAAUUCCGGAUGUCGAUUCUGGAUCUCGCCGGAGCAUUGAUAUUGUUCUUCUUACUCGCCGGGAAGUGGCAGUAAUCUCUGUCAAGAAUGUCUCAGGUUCUGUACAUAUUGAUACGGAUGGGAGUUGGGUUUGCAGUGGUGGACGAAAGCAUAAGAAUCAGUGUUUUCCAGAUCCUGUAAGUUACUAAUGUAUUGCACCAGUUAGGCCAUCAUCUCCCAUGGAACAAAAAAUUCACUAUUUUUUGGCAUAGGGUGUGAUGGAAUAAAGAAAAAUGGAUCUCUAAAAUGCCUAGGCUUCUUUAAUAAAUGAAAAAGCAGUUGGCCAAUUAAUGCAACUUUAGUUGGGGUCUCCUUGGAAACAGCCUCUGUGCGUACACACACCCUCCGUAAACCCUACUCUUGUGGGACUCAACUGAGUUAUUGUUGUUGUAGGUCAUGUGGUAUGGCAUAUGAAAAACAUGGGCCGGGGUGACAAGGGGUGAUAGGGUGUGAAAAUGUGUGAUGUGGAGUGAUAAAAAUAUGUGUGGUAU